AUGUCAAAGGUAAAGACUAUCAAAGCCACAGGUGCGGAUGGGCAAGUGAACACCCUGGAUGUGAUCCUACGGAAAGCCAAAAGUGGCAGCAUGGUAUUCUUUCCAGGUGAUAUUUCCACGGGCAGAGAGGAGAUGAAAGCCGAUGAAGAAGCGAAGGAAUGGCUGGAGUGGAGCACUGAAGGUAUUGGACAGCUCCUCGCGCGCAGAUUCCAAUGCUUGAACAUCAUUCUGGUGCGGCCAGCAAGAAUGCGACAAGGCCACAGCUGUUUUGAUCACUUCUUGACCACAAAUCUGAAUGGUGACCCUCGAGAUGGCGAGUAUGAUUCUGAAGGCUCAGCAUCUUUACAUCUAUUGAUGUUGCUUGAGGACUUGACUGUCCAGAUGGGAAUACCGAAGAGUGAUUUCCUCUCAUCGCUUCAUCUGGUUGGCUUCAGCAAAGGAGCCGUUGUCCUGAACCAACUGCUGGCUGAAUUUGGAGCGGACUCCGCGCUGGAAGAAAGCCCUCCGUUUCGAUUGCUGUCCAUCACCCGGACCAUCGAAUGGUUGGAUCCUGGGAUCAGCGAUGGAAACUGCGUGUUUCUGACAGAUGAAGAUUUGCUCCGAAUGGCAGCGAGUCGAUUUCGAACAUGUCAUCCAAUAACUGGUUUGUAUGUGGUGUUGUCUCCUUUUCAACUGGCUUUAGACAGCUACGAAUUUGACUAUCCCGAGGACGAGGAAGCUUGCACAUCGGAGGAAUUGGGCUUGGACCUUCUGCAGUCCGUCAUGCAAGAGGAAAACAUGCCUCUAGAGGUGGAAUAUUGUUGCUUCAACAGAGAGCCGACCAUGCAUACGCAUUUCCGUGUGCUGAAAGAAUUCAACAUUCAGCAUAUUCUGCGCAGUGUCUCAGAAGGAGAAGGUGGCGGACAGAAUCAGAACAAGAAAGUCUUCAAAGAAUCUCGCAGCAUAAGGCAUACGAUCACGAUGACAUUGUCGCGGACGCUGUGCGACCUCGCAUGCUACCUGGCUGCCUGCUUCCAAAGGUGUGGUGGCAGCAUGUGCACUGACCCUGAGCAGAUGGAUCUGGCCAAGGCCUUCGAAGGUGCUGAAGAUGAUGGUAGUGAUGGCAGCUUGCGGCUACUCCAGGUUGCGCGGAUCGCAUCAUCUACACUGCCAAGAAAUGAGAAGAGCCACCUUCAGGUUGAGUCCAGCAACUCAACAGCGACAGCUAUGACUUUGCCCAUGUCAUGGUUGCAGGAGACCAUGAGGGCAGCAACGAGUGGAACUGUGCCACCGCUUUUGAUAUUAGUAGGGCUCGCUUUGGCUUUGGGUGUGAUGAUUCUCCUUUUGCUCCAACGGCUCGACUCGCAGAAAAUCUCCAAUCGAAGAGGCAUUCUUCGAGCAUUCUGUGAUGGUGAAAGAGUGUACGGGACAUCGAAGAGCACGAGAUCUCUUCCAGAAGACUAUGCUCAGCUUUUCGAGACCCGAACCUUCGCUUCCAAAAAUGGCAAGUGGUCGUAUCCUGGCAUGGGAGCAAGCUUCACUCCCGGGCCAAAAGCUGCCACUGCAGAGCUUUUGGUGUCCAAGUGCGCAGGCACUGCUUGA